UCCGAUGAGGUUGGACGUGCCGCGCGCUCGUGUGGAAGCCAACACAGCCAGAAAGAAGGAGUCCGUAGCGGAAGAAUUCAGCGUCCGCGAUCUUCACCGUGAACUCUCGAUGACUUCUCGUCGGUGACAUCUCGCGAGUGCUGUGCCUUCUUUUUUUUUUCUACAUAUAGCUUUUAUUAUUUAUUUAUUUAUUCUUGACGUAAGACACCCCCGAUCGUCUUUCUGAAAGGGAAGGAUAAGUUAUCAACAAGUGCAGCCAGCUUCCUGGCUGGGACUACAUUUCGCUCGGGAUAACUUGAACAAGCCGAGUGAAUGUUUGUGAAAGAAGCAGCCAUGCCUCGCUCGUUCCUCAUCAAGAAGAACAACUACAGCCACUGUCCGCUGAAGAAGAGGCCGGUGCCCAUGUACAAGGACAUCGACGAUGACUUGAAAGGAGAACGCGCCGACGAGUGCUCGGAGCCGGAGAACCUCAGCACCAAGCCGCAGGACCUGAGCCUGGCCGCCCAGAAGGCGGUGACGCCCUCCACCGCCGCCCCCGACGAGCACGCCGCCCCCGCGGCGACGCCGCCCCACCCGCAGCUCAUCAAGACGUCGGCGGGGCCCCUGGAGCCGCUCAACCUCAACACGCAGGCGGAGGCGACCGCUCUGCCCCACCACUACCCCCACCACCACCACCACCACUACGCCGCGUCGCCCCGCCCCCAGUGGGCGUCGCCGCCGCCGCACUACCCGCCGCCCUACUUCACCUUCAACUACCCGUACCCGCCGCCGCCGGCGCCGCCCGAGCUGUACGGCCACGGCUACGCCCCCGCCGCCGCCGCCGGAGUCUACCCCGCCGGCCAGCUGUCGCCGUACGCCCCGCGCGAGGCGGCGGCGUCCUCCCCGCCGCACCGCCCCCACCAGCCGCGGCCGUACGCCGCCGCCGUGUACCCGCACUGCGGCCUGUCGCCGUCGUCGCCGCACUCGGCCUUCCACUCGCCCGAGGACCUGUCGUCGCCCGGCAGCGUGGGCAGCUCUUCCUCGUCGGGCGGGGAGCGGCGAGGCAAGGAGCCCGCCCCCGGCGCCGCCCCCAGGUACCACUGCCCCGACUGCUCCAAGUCCUACUCCACCUACUCGGGCCUCACCAAGCACAAGCAGUACCACUGCGGCGGCGCGGGAGCUGCCUCCCAGGCAGCCGCCGCCAAGAAGUCCUUCAGCUGCAAGUUCUGCGAGAAGGUGUACGUGUCGCUGGGCGCGCUCAAGAUGCACAUCCGCACCCACACGCUGCCCUGCAAGUGCAAGCUGUGCGGCAAGGCCUUCUCGCGGCCCUGGCUGCUGCAGGGCCACAUCCGCACGCACACGGGCGAGAAGCCCUUCUCGUGCCCGCACUGCCACCGCGCCUUCGCCGACCGCUCCAACCUGCGCGCGCACCUGCAGACGCACUCCGACGUGAAGAAGUACUCGUGCCCGGCGUGCGGCAAGACCUUCUCGCGCAUGUCGCUGCUGGCCAAGCACUCUGACGGCGGCUGUCCGGGGCGGCUGUCCGCCUCCAGCCCGCCGCCCACGACCUUGGAGCACCUGGCCGUGUACUGAUCUCCUCCCGCCCCCCGCAACACAUGGCCCACAUUUUCAAAAAUAAAUGUUACGUAGAAAUCAUCCCUACAGUUGAGCUUUGCAGCAGAUACAAUACCACUUUAAAAUAAACAUUUUUUUUUUCACGGUUAUUCCACACCCGCCAAUUGUGAAACAACUUUAAAUUAUUUUAAUUUUACAAUAAUGUUGGUAAAACUGCUUCAGCCAAACCCAAAAUUAUUUCCAUGUACGCAACCUGUUCUAAUCUUGGUUUUUUUGUUCAGACUAUUCAUUGCAGUUUUAGCAAUGAUUUUUUUUUAAAUUCAUAAGUAAUUUUUGUGUUUGUAGCACGGACCUUAAAACUUCAAACGUAUACGGUAGACAUGAGGCAAAGAAUUUCUGGAGCCUUGCUUGAAUUAGUAUGCUUGCACGUCGUCGUCGAAAACUAUAAAUUUUUAUAAACGGUUAGAAGUUUGAAUGUGUCAUGCUUAAGCCUAAUAAUGUUUUCUAAUUUAUACGAAAUAAAUGUUGAAUGAGACCCUAUUCAGCUGCUAGAAAAUAAAAAAAUACAAUUCUUUGAAAGCGUUUGAGACAUAUAUCUUUUUAUUUAUUUUGGUUUAAAACUACCAUAUUAAUUGUUUUUUUGGGAAAACUGACAUUUAUUCUACGGAAGACACAGUAUAUUUUAUAUGUUUGAUUCGAAAGCGUUUCGUUAAACUAACCCCAUUUUUUUUUGUUAAUGAAGUUCGUCAAAGAAUUAAGGCUUCUAAAGAUACUAUGUUUGGCCAGUUUGGCAGUUAAUGCUUAGUAUUUAUAUUUCAUUGACAAAACGAUAUAACGGUUAUUUACAAAUUUUAAUUCAGGUUCAUUCUUCUAUUUUAACAUACACGGCGAAUAUAUGACACAUUGAAAUUUUACAUCCUUUACGAAGGAAUGCGAGCUGAUGCUCCUCCAGAGAAUUUUGAACACCUUCACUAAUAUUUAAUAUAAUAUCAAAACCAAUACUUAUUAAAUUUUUUACGAACGAAGAAAGCGUUGAGGAGUUUCUUCUUCUAAGCGAAAUUAUAAUUCAGUGUUUCGUCCUCAUGUCUAUUGUAUACACCCUGCAAGCAAGUGAUACUUAUUUAAUUUAUUUUGUAUUUGUUCUUUUUUAUCUUUUUCUGGAAAAAUAUACAAAGUUGAAACACAUUUUGUAUGUAACUUAAACUCUGUGAAUGUUAAAUCUCUUGUUCAAUUAGAACAUUCAUUUUAAGUCUGAUUCAUUAAUUCAUUUUCAUUGUGUACGUUAGAAAAAAAUCUGUUUAUAUUGUUAUGCAAAUAAUUCCAAUAAUAACAGUCCAUACAAUAUAUUUUUGAUGGUUAGUACCUAUUGCAUGUAAAGAUUUGUGAAAUUUAAACUGUAUCUUUAAAGUAUCUACGGCAGUUCCAUUAAAAAUUAUAAAAUUAAUUUAUUGUUUGAACAGUGUUUUGUACAUUAUGUACACAAGUAAUUCAUAAAUGCGAUUUGGCACAGUAUGAGUUGUUACGUGAUUAAUGUAUAAAAAUUUAACUUAUGUCUAUAAACGUUUUUUUUUUUUCGCCUAAUGCUAAUAUGGAGACUUGAAAGGUACAGUUUGCCAUUAUUUGUAACUUUAAAAAGGAAAAUUUAAACUUGGCAAUAAAAAUAUAUGCAUCAAGGUUAAACUAAUCACUCACAAUAAUAUUGUAGGCCUAAUAUUCGUCAUAUUUAUUUACAAUUUAAAAAAAAAUACGUCUCAUGACAUUUUAAACGUCAAAUAAAAACUAUACUGAACCGUAUUUUCGCAAACCAUAUAUUGUCCCUAGCUGCAUUGAUUACUGUUUUUUUUUUUCUCGAUGCCAUUCCCGUUAUCGAAACUGAUACAAAUGACUGACUUCUUGUACGUUUUGCAUUUCUGCUGUGACGCUACAAGCACGUUAAAGACAUUUUAACCACGAGCAUUUGUUAUAUAUUUAGUGCCUUUGUAACUACGUUGUCUUGAUGAACUGAUUGUUAAGUUGAAUUUUUGCUGGUUGGUGGGCUGAUGGGACUAUUGGCGGUAGUGAAUGUACAUAUUAUGUGGUUUUUGAUAGUCUUUUUUUUGCCAUUCAAGUGCCUAUUAAGAUUGUGCCUUAAGUCAAUUUAAAUGUUACAUGAAAAGACUGAUUAACUGAUUCUCAUUUAUUUUUUCGUGCAGAAACCAAAUUGUUUAAAAAAAAUUGCUGAAAGAAAGAUGCACGUGAAACAUAAAAGUACAAAAAAGGUGAAGGCUUUGUAUUUAAAGUGAUAAGUACAUCACAUUUGAUGAAAUGUUUUGAUAUUUUUCCCAUCGCAACGAUGCAUCUUGCCAUAAAUAUCUUACUUUAUUAUAUUCCAUGGGAAUCAUUGUAUUUGUUGUGUUUAUAUGUAAAUUAUCAUGUGAAUAAUACCUUUGCACCAAAGUGCCAAAUUGUUCAUUAAAGUUGGUUUCCAUUCAGAGGACUAUAUGUUUUAUAGUGCUAUCUUCUUGUAAAUUUUACUGUCUUAGAAAAAAUAAAUAACUAUAAAAAUGCAACAGGGUAUCCAAUAUAGUUGGUGCUCUGCCUGCCAUUUUGAAAACUAGUCAUGAAGGAAAAGUGUACUUAGUGAACAGCUCAAAUAUAAUAUAUAUUUACAAUUUGUAAAUAAUAGAGCUAGUUUGUACAGUGCCUUAAAUUUUUUGUAUUGUUCCAGCAAAUUUAUAUAAUACUUCAUAAAUUUUAU